GAUAUCAAAGUACCGUAAAACACUCGAGUGACAACAAAUGAUCAGUAAAAUGUGAAGUGAUAAAGGAAAUUGAGUCGAAAAGCAAAAACAAAUGGUCACAAUGCUUCUGAACCUUUACAAUUCGUGCAUAACCAGGUGUCUCACAUGGAGAGUGUUUUUCAUUUCUGUAUUUGGGUUAGUUUCUGCUUUUAGCGCCCUAAAUUACUCUUUUGAAAUAUUACCAAUUGGAGGAUCAACUUUUGAAACGUGUUUCUUCACUGUGUGGCUUAUUUCUUCAGUGGUUCACACAAUUUUGCUGUACAAAGUCAUACUGGAUUAUCCCAAAGAUUUUGAAUUGUUUAGAGAACAAAAAAAGAUUAAGACCACUAAUCUUGAACCAAAUCCGGAGGCUGUAAAAAAAUUAGCGGAAGAUAUUGAUAAAUAUUUUAUAAAGAAAUGGUACCAAUACAUCAGUGAAAACAAUGAAUUUACUUUGGAAAGUAAUAUUGUACUUGAGGAAGUGUUGCACAGAUUAUUUAAAGUACUCAUUCAUGUCAACAAAAAAGUACUAAUUCAUGGUAUUCUUAAUAUAUACUUAAAACAUCUAAAAGAGUUUAGAAGAACGUUAAAACGGAAGGAAAAAUAUGGUGGACAAAUUCAGGAUCUCUAUAAGUAUUCCCAUGUAUGUGUAGGAUCACAGAAAUCUCUCAAGUAUUAUUUACAUCAAUUGACCACCAAUGUUUUAAAUCAGUUCAUAAAUUGGGAACUGUGGAAUUCAUUACCCUGCCAUGCUUUGGUUGCAAUUGUAUCAAGAAAAUUUACUGCAUACAUGUUGAAUUUAUUGUCAUGCCCACAUUUCCUCAAUUAUCAAUUUAUAAAAGUCCUAGGUUCUAAAAGUGUAAAAAAUGUACUGGAUCUGCCAAAGUAUUCAAAAGUUUGUCUUCAAGAUUGUUGUUUCAAUGAUUGCUUAAAACAAGAUUAUGAUCAACAAAAUGAAGAGGAGGAAGAGGAAAAUCAAGAUGUAGUAGACUCAAAACCUGAAAAUAAAUCAGAAUGUGUCACCAAGCCUGAGAUUAUUUCUGUUGAUAAGCCUGCAAUUAAAAAGUCAGAACCGGUAUUAAAAAGCGACCCUGUUAAAAUUCACGAACCAAAGGGCACAUCAAAAGUCUGGAAUGAUUCUCAAGAUUUAAUUUCGGUUUCUUUUGGAAUGGAUCCAUUGAGCUCAUUCAUGGCUGAAGAUAAAGUAAGUUACAAAAAUACUGAAGACGUGAAACUAGGGAAGGCUGAAGAAUGUCUGGAGUCACCCACUAGUGCUACAAAUAUGUUCCUUAAUGAGGUCAAGCAGAUGACAUCAAUGGAGGGACUCAAGAGCUCAAUCAAACCAAUAAGUGAGGCAACAGUUAAUACAUUGAGCAACUUCAAGGAUCUUCAAGAAAGUACUGUAAACAAUGCCUUAACGAAAAUCGGAGAUUUUCAGAAGCCACAUGGUCAGGACGAAGCUGCUGGCGUCGUAGAGGGUUUACUGGACUUCGGAAGGGCGGGAUUACGUAAAGGUCUGCGUCUGACUGGGCUACAAGACAACAUACAGAACGCGAAGGCGGUGCUCACCAGUACGACUGCGCCCAAACUGAAAACUAAGGCCACCAAACUCGUUCACUCAGAUUCGACUGAAAAAACUAGCUCUGGUGACAGCACUGAAUCCUGCUGGAUAAAUCCUUUACAAAGUACAGACACGCCAAAUUAUGAUGGGCAGAUUUUGCUGGAAAAAGGUAAACCAGCUGAUGAUUUUGAAAAAUCUGUUGAAGACCAUCCGAUAAUUCCAUACAUUUCAACGGAAAGUGAAGAUAGCCCGGAUCCAGAGUACGAGGAGCCAGCAGAUUUAGAAUCCACAAUAGCAAAGUUGCGCUCGUUACUACAGCAGAAAUCGUCUGAAUCCAAUUUAUCAACACCUGCAAUAAGUCCCAUGCCGCCAGACGAUUUCUGCAUGAAAAUGUCACAGGACGCAACCGGUGACUUGGAAGUCGACGGGAUGGUUCCCAGUUUUUAUAAAUUGUGUGCCAAAACUGCCACAGGUGUAUUCAACAAAUCUUUAAACACAAUAAAAACGGCCCUUCCUGGCAACACCUCUGACCAAUUCUUGAAUACCGAAAAUUGGAAAUUUGAAGCCGUCAAGGAGACUGAUAACGACUUUCUGUUGCGUGUGAAGAAGUUGUUAGCUGAAAGGAAGGAGUUUUGUAAGGUGGACACAGCUUAUGAAGCCAUUGACUCCCUGGAUCCAAUAAGCCAGUUAACUGACUCCAACGUGAAUGUUCAGUUUGAAGACGAGCUGGACGAAUUUGAGGUAAAACUCCCAGUAACAAAAGCCAUAAUUGGUAUAAUUUGCGAGCUGUUGGCCGACACUGAAUCGCUUUUAAUUCAGGAAUCUUUAGUAAAAGCCAUAGUUUUAUCGUUCGGAAACACCAUCGAGAACAGAAUAGUUUCCCAAACGGAAAACUUCAUUAACAAUUUGUGCGCAAACUUAUUUAGAAUUCCAGAAACAACCAUAAAUCAAACGUUGGAUAUGAACUUGGAAUCCUACAUAAGUGCUAUUUUAAGCAGCUUUCCUGACUACAUGGUGAUAAUAUUUUCCCAACAGAACUUGGAAAGAGCAAUCAGACUGUUUGUAAUGUCAUUGCAAACGGAGAAAAUCAAUGAAGACAUAUUUUUGCAAAUUUUUGAGCUAAUAUCCAUGAAAUUAAUUGAGGAGAGUCAACUCCCAUUGGGGCCUCCUGCUUCUGCAUAAUUUCUAACAUUCCUUUGUUGUGUUUGUUUUUAAAAUUGAUGUUGGUUUAUUGUUUAAGUGCCAUAUAUUUUAUAUAAAAAGUAUUUAGUAUUUAUCUUCUACAGUCUGUAUAACCAAAGAAAUAUUAAUGUCUAGGCUAGAAAUGUCCUUGUUAUUCACAACAGUGAUUCUUUUUAACCAGUUAUUAUGCUUCAUCUAUUAGAUAUUAAUAGUACAAAAUAGGAAUAGAAAAUGCAUUUUAUUGAUUGUGUUUUGUAUAUGUUUACUAUUAAAUUAAAUUUUAAUGUGAUAACAUUGUUGUUGGUGCUGAAUUUUUUAAUUUUUCUGUUUUAUUAAUACUUUAUUUCAAGUAUAUGUUGACUGACAUUCCUCAAUCCAUGUAUUACUUUGUGAUAAUUUUACUUUUUUAAUAAAUUGUUGGUUUAUCAUCUUAA